GGCAAGAUGGUGGCCUAAGCCGAGCGCGCGAGGCUGGGCCGUGCGGGGGCAAAGUUUGGGGCGGGCCCGAGACAGACCCGAACCGGGUCAGAACCGGCUGUAAAGUCCCCGGGAGUCCGGGAGGAGCGGAACCCGACUGGUUCCGAGCCAGACCGGGACCCCGGGGGGUUGAGGGAAACCCAGCCAGGUCAGAACCGAGCCCGGGGCCCGAGCGCUCAGGUCCGAGUUGGGUCAGAACCGCUCUGGGAUAGGGCCCAGCCUGGUCAGGUCAGAGCUCCGCCAGCGCAAGGAGCGCCCCGACUGGAUCAGAACCGAACCGGGACCCGCGAGAAAGGGAGGAGUUCGGCUCUGCCCCCAGCUUGUCGCCCUCGGGCUAAAGGGGAGGGAAAGAGGCAGAACUAGCUGUAAAGUCACAUUGGUGUUGGGGGACUGGGCCCAACCGGAUCAGAACAGAACGGGGAGACGUGAGCCCAGGGAGAAAAACUGUAUCAGAGCCAGACAGUCACCCUUGGGCUGCAGGGGUCAGGCCAGACCAGAACUAAAUUGGGGGCAGAAGAGGUGCAUGGGUCAGGAACUGAGCCCUGGAAGGGAAGACAGUAGAACUGAGUCAGUUUAAACCCAGUUGAGUCUGGAAAUCGAGGAAGACUGAUCCCAGAACUGAACUGGGUCUGCUUGUGGGCGAGAGCUCUAAACAAAGUUUGAACAGAACCAGAUCCUUAUGGAGUGAAAGCAGGGGAGCUAUGUGUGUUUAGGGGUGAGACAGCGAUAGCCACAACAAGAGGGCUUUUGAAUUGGAAACGAAGUGAAGCAAAUCUGAGACAGUUUGUGUGAUCAAGACCCAAACUAUGUUGAAGAAGUCAGAGUAGGGGAGAGGGAACAACACUGUAUCUGUGCCAAAGCUGGUUGGGGAGGAGAGAGGAUCCUUUACCAACCUAGAGACCCUUCCUGGCACCAGGCAUCAUGCAAGAGACUUUCUGCAAGGAAGUUAGUGAAUCUGAACAGAUCCCAAGAACAAGGAAAGUUUAGAGAACAGCAGAGCUGAACAAAUGAUACUGAACCACAUAUGGCUCUGGUCUAGAGCAUGAGUGGGAGACAAUUGAGUAUGAAAGAAGUGAAAGGUUGAACACUGGCACUGGGAUUUGUAAAUGGAAGAGGGGAAAAAUUAUUUCCAACCGAAAUUGCAUUAAUCGGCAAAAGAGUGAGUGAGUGAGCUGUGAAUUUCUCUGAGCUGGGAAUGGACUAGGUCUGAGAGAGGCAAGCUGGAGUGAGCCCACUGAAAAGACAGCCCGGCAAAACUGAUCCUUGCCUGACAGAGCUUCUCAAAGCUGCAGAUCUGUAUUUUACAGAAUCAGAAUCAGUCCAGAGACAGAGCUGAUGUAAAGGGUCUGCACAGGAGGACGAAGUGAAUCCCUUGGAUAUAAACAGCAGAGAGCAGGUGAUCCCCUAAUGCCAAGGCAAGUGCACGUCUGAGCUUGCGUGCAGCGGGCAUCUAGUACUGGGCAGUGUCAGAAGCAACGUCCUCAACCAAAUGGACCCCAUGUCUGAUCCAGCCUGGCAGUUCCUCAGAGUGUUCAGAUCAGGUGCUGCUGGAGCCUGUUUCUCUUCAACUCGUGUUUGCCAUCAUGCUGUGUCCAGACAAGAAUGCAGCACCAGCACUGUUCAGGGAUGCAUUUGUUGACAUGAAAGGAGCAAUCUCAAACUGGAGGAGCCGUUCAGAUGCUGCCAGAUGCCACCAGAAGAGAGCUGACUUGGAAGCAGGCGGACAGGGAGAUGUUUGGUCGGGAUGUCACUUUGGAUCUGGCAUCUGAGUGAGUGUCCCCCUGCAUGAGACUUCAACUCUGAGUGCAGGCUGGUGGCCCAUUGUCGCACCCAAGCAGGAGGGAGGAUGACAAGCACAGCUCCAUCCAAGAAGCCUUACCGCAAGGCACCGCCACAGCACCGCGAGAUCCGCCAUGAUCUGCCCAUCCUUCGAGAUGACCAAGACGGCGUGAUUUUGGCCGAGCAGAGUCAGGAGCCCUUGACGGAUGCAGAAAGGAUGAAGUUGCUGCAGCAUGAGAACGAGGAGCUGCGCCGGCGGCUGGCCUAUGUCACCAACAAGAUGGAGGCGAUGGAGAGGGAGCUGGAGUCCGGCCAGGACUACCUGGAGCUGGAGCUGGGCCAGAACCGCGAAGAGCUGGAGAAAUUCAAGGACAAAUUCCGCAGGUUACAGAACAGCUACACUGCUUCACAGAGAACCAAUCAGGACCUGGAGGAGAAGCUGCAUACCCUGGCCUCUCUCAGCCAAAGCUGGAUUUUUGCAAUAAAAAAGGCUGAGAUGGACCGGAAGACCCUGGACUGGGAGAUUGUGGCGCUCACUAACAAGCUGCUAGAUGCCAAAACUACCAUCAAUAAACUUGAGGAGCUCAAUGAGCGCUAUCGGCAGGACUGUAACCUCGCAGUGCAGCUGCUCAAGUGCAACAAGUCCCACUUCAGGAACCACAAAUUUGCUGACCUUCCCUACGAGCUGCAGGACAUGGUCAAUAAGCACCUGCACAGCACCCAGGAGUCCCCAGGCCCUGGGCAGGAGGCUGCACAUACCCUGGCCCCAUCUGACAUCGUGCCCACCUCAGUUAUUGCCAGAGUCCUGGAGAAGCCUGAGUCACUGGUCCUGAACUCUGCCAAGUCCAGCAGCGGCAGCUGUCCCAUGGCUGAGGAUGUCUUUGUGCACGUGGACAUGAGUGGAGCUCUGCUGGACGCCUGCCCCAGCCCAGGGCUGCUUGGGAAGGAGAGAGGGGAAGUGGGGAAGCAGCAGAACGGGGGCUGCAAGCCACAGAGCAGUGUGGAGAGCCUGCCAGAGGAGGUGCCUGCCUUCGAGAAGCUGAGCCCCUACCCUACACCCUCCCCUCCCCACCCCAUGUACCCAGGGCGUAAGGUGAUUGAGUUCUCUGAGGACAAGGUGAGGAUCCCAAAGAACAGCCCCCUGCCCAACUGCACCUAUGCUACGCGACAGGCCAUCUCCCUGAGCCUGGUGCAGGGCGAGGAUGAGAGCAGUGAGAGGCACCGGACGCUCCCUAACAGUCCUGUCUCAGAGGGCCGCCACUCAGCCUCCAGCUGCUCCUACCAGCCAUCUCCCAAGGGGGCUCGGGCACACGGCUCCUCGCAGAGCAGCCCUUUCAGCAGCCCACCCCAGAUCCCCAGCGCCUUCGCUAGCUCGGCCAGCUCAGAGGAGGACCUCCUGGCCAACUGGCAGCGGAUGUUUGUGGACAAGGCGCCCCCCACUUCAGAGCAGGUGCUGGUGAGCCGCACCUCCUUCAGCCGUGACAUGGCCCCGGAGCUCCAGAAGCGAUUCAGCCGCUCCAUGCAGGAGCUGGGCAGGGCGGCCUCAGCCUACUCGGAUGGCGAGGAGUCUGCGCAGAGCUGCAGCUGGACCGUGAGCCGGGACUCGAGUGUGGACACAGACAGCACUGAGUCCCGAGCCCGCAGGAGCCAUUUCUCCUCCGACUAUGGCACGGACUUCUCCCAGGAUGAAGCCCGGAAGCUGCUCCAGGGCAGUGGCAGGGGCACCGCUGAGCUCAGCAGCCCCUUGCCAGAGAAGCACAAGGACUAUGUGGACCUGGGCUCACCUGGGAGCCCGGCUGAGGAAAGGGAAAUACUGCUGCAAGCAACCAAGGAGAGCAGUCCAGGGGGAGCCCUGGAGGAGAGCGGGGAAUGCAGGAGCAAGCCUCCCUCAGGGCGGCCACACCGCAGCCCCAAGAGGAUGGGUGUCCACCAUCUCCAUCGCAAGGACAGCCUGACGCAGGCCCAGGAGCAAGGCAACCUGCUCAACUGAGGCUGGGCAGGGAGCAGUGCCCCAGGGCAGUGCUGUAGCUGCCUUACCACUCACGGGGUUGGUGUCCCCGGCACCACGCAUGCCCCAGGGGGCUGCAGGCUCCACUCCCACCUUAUAUUUAUUCUGGUUUUGAUCCUGAGGCGCCAGGAUCUUGCCGGCGUUCUGCACCCACCACACCAGAACACACACUUGGGGCCUCGCUCGGCCUGGCAUGCAUGCCCAUGCCUGUGCUCACCACUCGUCUGGUGCCUGCCGUCACACUCAAUCUUCCAGUCCUACCCUGGGGCCCAUGUCCUUACUCGGCCUGGGCCUGCCCUCACACUCAUGCUCACAACCUUGCCCUGGUGCCCAUGCCCACGCUCUCAUUUUCAGGCUGAUGCCCAUGGCCCUGGCUCUACUUGUGCUGGUGCCCGUGCCCAUGGCUGCUCUGUUCCUACCUUUCAACUUGUGCCAACAAGUAGAAACUCUUUGCCCUGGUCUUGUCUGAUCCCCGUGAGCCACUGCAGGCUGAGUGGGGCAUGAGGACUGCCCUCGGGGGUGGGUGCUCCUUGCUGCCUGGCCCCCUGCUGUGGGUCAAGAGCACUGAGUUGGGGAUGGUUGUUUUGCUAUCUUUUGUUCCCCCCCGCUGCUAUGUUGAUCUCUGUGGAAACUGGCACUCAUGGCUGGCUCUCCCUUAAAGCUUCCUCUGCAGAUCCCUGCUGCUUAGCUCCUGGGCCUGGCCCAACAUGUGGCUCAUGCAGAGCCAAUGCCCUGGGAGAGCCCCAGUUCCCUCUGCCGUGGGAGUGGGCCAGAGCUGCCCCUGGCAGUUGCUCAGCGAGGCGGGCCUGCAGAGUUCCCAUGGCAGUGGUUUCUGUGCUGUGGGUUGGAUUGUGUUUGUCUCUCCCCAUCUCUGGGGGCUGUUGCACUGGCCUGGCUCGUGUUUGGCUGGUGCUGAUUUCUCUGCUCCUGGGUCUUCCUCUCAUUUUUCUUCUUUCCAGGCCUUUGCUUUUAAAAUGUUUUGUUUUUCUCUUCCUGCAUACACGAACAAAGCAGCUGACAGCCAAUCCAUUGUCUGCCCAGAGGUCUGGGGUGAGGUCCUGCCCUAGGAGCCACCGGCUCCCCUUUCCCAUCUGGGCCUUUCUACUCCAGCAGAGCCAUAUGGACUCCAGGGCAGGAUUUUACCCCAGGAGAGCAACAAAUAAGACAGUAGUAAGCUGCCUCUGGGCAGGGCCCUAGCAAGGGCUCUGAGGAGAGAGGGAGACCCCCUGAGGAGCAGGGCUUAUUGCUGCUGUGUGCAGACAUGGUACCUCAUGGCUCAGCAGUGGCCCUUUGGGGAGGCCCCUUUGCAUGUGCACCCCUCCCUCUGGCUGGGUCCCGGGCUGGCUCCGGUGCCCUUCCAAGGCCUCGCCACUGGCGGGGCUGGAGUUGUGUGUUUGAUUUUCCUCAUGUUCAAUGUUGGUACGAUUUUCCUUUUCAGUAUUCAUGUGCUCAGUGUCCCUGGGGCAGGGAAGGGGAGAAGUCAGGAGUGUAGAUAUUUUAUUUGGAGGAUAGAGCCCCAAUGUCUCAUUAUGUGUUUCCUUGCCUCUCUGGAUUUUUAUCUCUCCACCCCGAAGGUGUAACCCAGUACAUUGGCAUGGUCUCUAUGCUGCUGCCUUGGGCCGGGGGACCCCUUCCCUUGGCUGUGGUGGGUUUGAAGCUGGAGCUGUGGUGUCCUCCUUCAGUGAGAGUGAGCUGCUGCCCUGUGCUUCGCUAUGUAUGGAGGGUGCAGCCUCUCUCUGCAGGAAGGAAGCUCCCAUUCAGACGCAGCAAGAGAUGCUGCCCUGGGGCAGUGUCCCUCCCUAAGCCCCUCCAUUUGUGGCUGGUGGCAGCCAGGGCCAAAGCUUUGCUCUCAGCUCCAGCCUGGAGGCUGCAGGGCAUGUGAAAGCAGGGACAUCCUUAGGCAUAUGCAGCUGCAUAGAGCAUCGUGACAUUUGGGGCACCAAAUUGCCCCAGAUAUCAUGGUGCCCUAGGCAGCUGCAUGCUGCAUACGUGGCAGCACCAGCCCUGGCGACCAGCCCUAUUCCCUGGCUGGCCUUCCCAUGGGCUGCCCCCACUACAAGGGGCAGGGCCAUCCCUAGGGGGUAUAGGGCUCUGGACAGCUCCCUCCGCCCCACCUCCUACCCUUUCCACCUCUUUCCCCCAGUGACUCCUGCACUCACCGGCAGCUGCGGGAAGCAGAGCAACCUGGCCCCAGCCUGCUCUACUCCGCCAGCUCCCAGCUGCAUUGCUCCACUUCCCACUGCCGGUGAGUGCAGGGAGGUUGGGGAAAGAAUCGCCCCCCACAGUCACUGGCAGCGGGAAGUGGAGUGAUGCAGCCCUAGCCCACUCUGCUUCCCUCACCCCGGCCCCAGCUGUGUCACUGGGGGGAGGGGAGGAGUUAGGGAAAGGUUCCCCGCUCCAGG